AUGGGCACAGCAGGGGCGGACAGCUCGGCUGCAUCAUCCUCAAGCGACUCGGUGUCGUCUCUAAACUCGCAGCUGCAAAGCCAUGGCUGGACGAAACGACCUCUCAACCUCGAGGCCCUGUCCGAGCGUGAUCUUGGGGACGUCGUUGCCGUAUUCUUUGAGCUGCUGGGGUCUUCGAUUUCAAAUACAGAAAACCUCGAGGCUCUGUCAGGCCGUCAUCGAACGUUACAAUACGAGUUUGAGCGUACGCAGAAAGCUCUGGCUGCUUCGCAAGCGGCACAACGAAGAGCAGAGUUAGAGACGGCAGGAUGGAGAAACAGAGUCGCUGAGCUGGAGAGGAGGGUCCUCAUUGAGGAGGGGAAGUUUCGGGAGAUGCGGGAAGAAGCGAGCAGGGGCAGGAAAGCGCUAGAAGGGGUCAGAAUAGCUGCCGGUCAUGACGCGAAGAAGAUGCAGCUCAAGCUGGAUCAAGCGAACGCCAAGCUUGUGAAGCUAGCAAACGAUUCUUCGAUCUUGACCAGGUCAGGUAGAAUCGUCGUACUGAACCCAAUACAGUACUCACGCUCGCAACCCCUGGCUGUCGGUCAAGAUCCACUACUGGAAGCAUCAUUACGGGAUCUGGCAGAGAUACGACAAGGGUUGGAGGAAGAGACGGAGGCGUUCCGACAUGUUGUCGUGUCCACCGCCAACCUGCUGCGGGAGGCCAUGGCGGUCGCAUCGGGGAGCGAGGCUCCUCAACGACUACAGCACGCCCAUUUCUUCGCUGCCUCCACAUCGAACCGUCCAUCAUCAUCCUCUCACUCGGCCCCAUCUGGAUCUCAUCCUCAGAUCGCAUACGACCGCCUACAAUCCCUCAUUUCGACCCUUCGUUCCAAGCUUGAAGCCAAGAUCAUCCGCAUACCAGUCGGCGAUGGAGCGCCCUUGAAUCCAGACGCAGUUGAGGCAUUGGCGAGGGCAGAACGGGAGAGGGAGAAGGAGGGUCAGGAUCUGCUGGAUCGAGUGAAGGAUCUGGAGAUUGAGGUGGAGUGUGUCCGGGCGAGGGAGGAGGAGGCGAAGAAGAGCUUGGACGAGUAUGUCAAGGCGCAGAUGCAAGAAACGAUGGAGAAGGCAUCAGAGAGGGAGAAUGAUGCUACGGAUCUCAUUGGCAUACUAAAGGAGAGAGAGAAGCUGGAGGAUGAGCGUAGGAAUAUGGUUGAUGCUAUGGGCAGACUGGGCAAGGAGAAGCGGGUCUUUGAGCGCGAACGGCAGGCUUUCGAAGAGGAGCGCCGUCGGGUAGACGUCGACGAUAUCAUCGCUCGCUUACCAUCAACACCUUCCGGUGACUGUGUUGCCUCCUCGUCGUCCCAAAUGGGGAUCGCCAGUAUUCCGACACCUAACCUCACCGAAUCAUCCAGCUCUUCCAGCUCGUCCAUCGAGUCACCACCCACUAUCGACUCCUACGUCCUCCCAGCUCUCCCUGCAUGGACGACCCACCGCCCGCACUCCCCAUCACCUCUAUCUCCGCACAAGCCUCGAACACCCAAAGCCCAUAUCGCAAAAUCGAAACGCGGCAAAACACCCCUCUCGCGCCUAGUGCUCGAAAAGGCCGUGCGGCGGAAAAGCCAGGGUCUAUCCGCAGAUCAGAUCUCGUCCGCUAUGGCGCCCCAUCGAGAGGCACUGGGUGAGGGGAGUAAGCGGGCGAAUGCUGCCCCGGGUGUUGUGCGGCCGGAGGUACUGAGCAAGUCGAUCAAGGGGAAAGAGAAGGCUGGGAGUGGAGCGGGUGGCAUGGGCGCGAGGGACAGAUUGAUGGCGUCGACGCGGGCGACGGAGGCGAAGAGGCUAGGCGUAUCAACGAGUGCAAGAGAAGGAUUAGGUGUGUCUCAGAGGAAAUCUGAGGGACCUGCGAGUAGCGGGAGAGGGUCGGAUCCAGCGGAAUUAAGAGGAAAGGGGAAGGCGGUAUGGCGAUAA